GCGAAGUUGACAAAUACAAAUGUCCUACUACUUCACCAUUCUCUCCCCCACAGAUGUUCCUUUGUUCAACAUCGCCUUCGGCACCUCCAAAAGUGGUGGCGAUGGAAUUGCCCGCUUCCGCUUUCCGGAUACCGCACAAUACAUGAACCAAUUCAUCAUCCAUUCAAGUCUGGACAUUGUAGAGGAAGCACAGUGGAUGAAUGGGAACCUGUAUCUAAAACACAUCGACACCUAUCCACCCGCCUCAGCCUACAUCUCCGCCUUCCUCGCUCCCUCCGGCGCCCGAUUUCUCCUCUUACAUCAACCCCCUCAACUCCCCUCCACUUCCUCAACUGGAAGCGGAUCUUCUUCAAUACUAGGAGCAAGUUUCUCGGCCUCUGCUCUAGGAGGUGGUAGUUCCAGUCGCGCGUCAUCUAGUUCAAUCGGGGCGAACCCAACCUCCCCGCAGACCGAGGAGGCCGUGCGCCAAUUUAUGAACGAGGUUUACGAAAACUAUGUCAAGACCGUGAUGAGCCCAUUCUAUAGGCAAGGCAUGGAGAUUAAGAGUCCCGUCUUCAGGUCGCGGGUUACGGCUGCGGGAAGAAAAUGGCUGUAACCUCUCCGUUUCUUUCUUUUUCCGCUUUCUUAAUACCAAUUUCCUGCUUAUACCUGUUUGUUCUUUGAGCAUAUUCUACCUGUGUAUAAUUUUCGGGAGCCAAUGGUUAGAUUCUACUUCAAAGUUCAAAAUUUCAACAGAGGGGCGCUAUGGCUGUCUGAUUCUGCCUUAUGUACGCCUGGUGAGCGUUGGCUACGGAAUUAUGGAUCUAUUUACAUGUGAUUGUGACUGGGUGGAAGUCCAACACGUAUUUCGUGGUUAUCCAGAGUUAUCUACAGAGCCAGUGAAUGCGCAGUAAUCUGUUCCAGAAGGAGGGGGGCCGUAAAGUUUAGGCAUGGACGUUUAGUGAGAUUUUGGCCAUUUCUGACACUAUAUAUAACCAG